UCACCUGUUGACCCAUACACUGACUGAUUAUGAUAGCAGAUUGUGGUCGUAUAUAAAAUGUGUUGCUGGACAGAUUCGAGCAUCAGUCCAAGUAAGAUAACUAACCCGAGCUGUUGUUUGUUACACAUAGUUACAUUUUAAGCAUUUUCAAGAAAUGUUUUUCCAAUUAGCAGGCGCAGUCCUCCUGCUGGCAGCGGCGGCGCACUCCUGGCCUCCUUGCGCCUGCCCCAAAAUCCACCAGCCCGUGUGUGGAGACAACGGACACACGUACUCCAACGAGUGUUUGUUGAACUGCUUGUCUCCAACCACCAGCGUCCGCCACGCGGGCCCGUGCGACCGGGGCCACGAGUGUGUCUGCAACUACGUGCUGCAGCCCCUGUGCGGCUCCGACGGCCGCACCUACGGCAACCAGUGCGAGUUCAACUGCGCCCAGAGCAAGUCCGCCGACCUGACCGUCCUACACGACGGUCACUGCGAGGCUGUGCUGAACGCAGCAGCUAGAGCCGGCGGCGUGCAAGUGGCUGAUCCCCGCCCGCUACCGUGCAACUGCCCCAGGACCGCCAAGCCGGUGUGUGGAGACAACGGACAAACGUACACCAACGAGUGUUUGUUGAACUGCCAGGCGCCGUCGGCCAGUGUCCGCCACACGGGCCCGUGCGAAAGGGACCACGUGUGUUCCUGCAACAAACUGCUGCAGCCCGUGUGCGGCUCCGACGGCCGCACCUACGGCAACCAGUGUAUGUUCGACUGCGCCCAGAGCAGGUCAGCCGACCUGUUCGUCCUACAUGACGGUCGCUGCGAGGCUGUGCUGGAUACCCGAGCAGCUAUACCCAGCGGCGUGCAAGUGGCCGAGUCCCCGCGACUGUGCAGAUGCCCGAAGAUCAAACAGCCCGUGUGUGGAGACAACGGACACACGUACUCCAACGAGUGUUUGUUGAACUGCUUGUCUCCAACCACCAGCGUCCGCCACGCGGGCCCGUGCAAGCGGCGCCACCCGUGCUACUGCACCAGGGAGCGGAAUCCCGUGUGCGGGAGUGACACCAGGUGGUACGGCAACCCGUGCCUUCUGGAGUGUGCCCAGUCGGAGAAGAAGGAUCCCAAUUUACAAGAGGUCCACCCGAGGAACUGCAUCGACAAGGACAGGCCGUGCGCAGUCCUCCUGCUGGCAGCCGCGGCUCACUGCUGGCCGCCAUGCCCCUGCCCCUUAGUCUUCAUGCCCGUGUGCGGCUCCGACGGCCACACCUACAGCAACGAUUGUUUGCUCGAGUGCGCCCAGAGCAAGUCAGCCGACCUGACCUUCCUACACUUCGGUCACUGCGGGGCUGUGGUGGACGCAGCAGCUAUACCGUACAGCGGCAGCGUACAACCACAAGUGUUUAUUAAACUGUCUGGCUCCAACCACUAGCGUCCGCUACGCGGGCCAAUGUAGAAUAGCGGACUAGCAACUAAAUAUACCUACUUACAGAUGAGCUAUAAAAAGUCAUGUUGUUAACAGAUUUAAGUAAGUAAGUAUACUUACUUACAAUUUACAAGGUGCUACAAAACACAAAACCUAUAGAUUAGUCUAUGCCUAAAGUAAGCGGAAGGUAUCAGAGAUUCAUUGUAAUUUUGAAUAAUCUUUUCGUUUUUUUUGGGAUAUUACAAAAAUAAAAUGAUGCUUCGAUUUUCACCAUAA